AUGUCGCCUGCAACCGACAGGCUUAUCCGGGUCCUUGAGCUACUGCUUGCACUACCCCCCCAACAGACCAAAAUGCCACCCCAUGCUACGCUUCAUAUCGCCGACCGUACGGAUAUUACUCGCGAUGAUAUUCAACCCGCGGGGUACUUUCAUUCUACACCUGCAUGGCCUGCCGGUAGCCGAGGUACCAGCUCAGAAAUAACGAAUCAACUAUUCAACUUCAUCAUGCCGACUGAGGCCGAUCCUCAGGUUCAACUGGCGCUGUUCCUUGGCAACGAUCCUGCCUAUGCCUUUGCUGGUACAGUGCCCGCACCGUCGUCUAAUGGUAGCGUGUUGUAUACAGGUCCUGGUCUCUACCACUCGGACUUGCUUACGCACACAGAGCCUACUACGACCAGCGUCCUGCGUGGCGGAAUAUGCUCCUGGCAGUCAUGCGGCCACACCAUAUCGGCGCUGUCGCCUGGCCGCGUUAUGCAGCACCUCAGAUGGUACCAUCUUGAUGUGGGGGCGAACCCGUUGCCGGCGGGCCAGUCCGCCGAGUGUUGCUGGGUCAUGAGAGAUGGCACUCUGUGCGGCAAGCAGGUGGUCAGCAGGAACCUCGGAAAACACGUCGCCGCCGUCCAUUUGAAGUGCACCGCGCGGGAGUGCGACCGCUGUGGCCGUAGGAACAUUUCUGUGAGGAAUCCUUGUGUGAUGCCCAGAGACUACUAUCUGAACACGGCAUAUCUGGUUUAUAUAAAUGGUAGUCGUAAAGUUGGAAGGCUCCCCACAUGGUGUUGGAGCAAGGGUGCGAACGGCGCGGGGGCGCGUUUGUCCACGGGCGUAGCGAUGCCCGUAAGGGACAAUCGCGUGCGGCUACGUACACUGAAGUUCUGGCGGUACCUCGAGGAACAAGGUGACACCUCUGCUCAGAUCAAGGAUGUGCUCGCUUAUAUGCUCAGCAAGUCCAUUGAUCUCCCCAUACUUUUGCAUCUGCUCAGCUGGGGUGCUGAGGAGCUCAUCGAUGAUCCCUUCGUGCGUUUUGAACAGACUGCUUGUCGCGACUUGGGGUCAAGCGACAGGGGAGAGUCGGAGAGCUGGGGGCGUUCAACUGAUCUCACCGAAGCGAUGGGACAAGAGGUCGAAACUGAGGUCCCUAGGGCAGCAGAGGCCGGCUUAUAUACAGGGGAAGAUAAGGGCAGGCUGUGCACGUUGGUCCGUGCGCAGCUGGUCCGUGCGCAGCAUGCUGACAUGGCCCCGGGGGCCGUAGAUAACGACACGUCCAUAUCGGGCAUGUAG